AUGCAUUGGUUAUUCAUAGUUUCUGCCGCUCUUUCACUAUUCCUCCCAACCUCAGCUUUAUUUCACGGAAAUGUUGACCACGGCCACUGGAACGAACUCCGAGGGCUCACCCACAUCACUUCGUUCAACGCCUCGCAGGCAAAUAAGUCAAGCCCUCCUCUUGUCAUUGACACCUUCAAAAAUCCAACCCGCAACGACCUGGGAUUCUGGCACGGCUCCGGCGAGAAUCUACCCGUGCAAUAUGGACCGGGCUUUAUUCGUCUAUUCCCAACAGACCCAGACCAGAACUUUCACACACAGUUCGAUUCCCAAGCCUGCUACAGCCUGAUACCCUGGUACAACGAGUAUUUGCAUGUCAUCUUCGAAGGCACGGAUCAGUACAGCAUCUCUUUUAAUCAACACAACGACGAAUGCAACCCACAACGCAGUCCCUUCCCCGGCAUUGCAGACUCCGUCCAGGCGGAGCGGUAUGUGGUUCACCCUGACUCCGAGGCCUUUGGCGAGGAUGACGAUUGGGACGAUGAUGACGAUGACUGGGAUGACGAUGAUGAUAUGGACACUGAUGCUGGGCGGAACAAACACAAGCAUGGAAGGUCAAAGGGUGGUAGACGCAAGCACCCCCAUGGAAAUACCAGAAUUCCAACGGGCCGUCGUGAACUCUAUGUCCCUCUAACUCAUUUCGAUAUCGAUUUCAAUCGCGUCGUGUCGGUUUCAUUCCAUGGCUUCUAUACAAAGGAACCUAUUACUCUAUAUCAUGUGGAGAUCGUGCCUGAUAUUCCAAUGCCAACGCCGGAAAAUGGCCACUAUCGUUUGCCUGGGAAGUUGCCCAAUGGGAGACUGGUUCUCCGUUGUUCCCGUCCGAACUCCUUUGCGUUUGGUAUCGAUGAUGGACAGCCGCAGUUCUCUCAGCGGGUUAUGCGCAUCCUUGACGAGGAGGAUGUUCGGGUUACUUUCUUUGUUGUUGGGGCUGGACUCAGGGAUCGGUCGAGCAAUUUCACAGAGUUUUAUAAGGAGAUGUUGAAGAAGGGGCACCAAGUUGCGCUCCAUUCGAAUACUCAUCCAAAGAUGGAAUCAUUGCCAACCGUCCGUGAGAUUGACGAUGAGAUCAUCCAGUCCGUGCAAAUCUUUAGAGACAAGCUGGGCAUCCAGUCUUCAUACUUCCGCCCACCAUUCGGUACAGUAGCUGCCCGGCUGCGCCAGGAGCUAGCACGACACAUCCCAAACCCGUACAUUGUGAACUGGAGUGUCGACGUCGAAGACUGGCUAUGGGCAAACACGUCUACCCCAGAGAAGCAGGUUGAAGCCUUCUUCCGCGGUGUUGGCAAGGGCGGGAAUCUUGCCGUUAUGCACUACCUGAAUCCGACUACCAUUGGAUACCUACCAGGGUUCAUUCGACAUGUCAAGAGUGCGGGAUACCACAUCAUGCGAAUCGAUCAGUGCUUGGAGGAUGUGUCCGCUCCACCGUUGUGA